AUGGAUCAAAGGGAGGGAAGAAUACUUCCUCUAUUUGUGACCCUUUCAGAAUCCCCGAGCCCGCCAAUAGUAAAACCCCUGCAACUGGCUUCUGAGUCUCCUCUUCUGGUUGAAAUCUGGGUUUGGAUUAUACAAUUUACCAUGAAACUCUUUUUUCUUUUGGUCUUACUGGCUUUCUUCAAUGGUUAUGGAGUUUCGAAAAGUUUCCCCACAAGGCCUGAUGUUGUGAGCAUUGGUUCGGUACUUUCUGUUGAUUCAAUUAUUGGUAAAGUUGCAAAAGUUGCUAUAGAAGCUGCAGUAGAAGACGUGAAUGCCAAUCCUGAUGUUCUUGGAGGAACCAAGCUCAAAUUGUCAUUACAUGAUAGUAAUUUCAGUGGAUUUUUAGGAAUAAUGGAGGCUAUCCGCUUCAUGGAGAUGGAAACUGUAGCCAUAAUUGGACCUCAAUCCUCUGUUACCACCCACGUUGUGUCCUACUUUGCAAAUGAGCUGCAAGUCCCGUUAUUAUCUUUUUCAUCGACAGAACCGACCCUGUCUCCACUUCAGUUUCCAUUUUUUGUGCGGACGUCUCUUAAUGACCUUUUUCAGAUGGCGGCAAUUGCUGACAUCAUCAGUUACUAUGGUUGGAGAGAAGUAAUUGCUAUUUAUGUUGACGAUGAUUAUGGAAGGAAUGGUAUAGUUGCCUUAUCUGAUCAAUUGUCUACAAGGAGAAGUAAGAUUUCUUAUAGAGCACCUUUAAGAUCUCGAGCGAGCAUAGAUGAAAUAAGAGAUGUUUUGGUUCAGGUGGCUUUAACAGAGUCCCGAAUACUUGUUGUUCACACUUAUCCCGAGAGGGGUCCAGACAUAAUGGCUACAGCACAAUAUUUGGGGAUGAUGAAUGAGGGAUACGUGUGGCUUGCUACAAAUUGGCUCUCAACUCUCUUGGAUACUAAUCCUCCUGUGUCUUCGGAAGCAACUAAGAAUAUUCAAGGAGUUAUCACAUUGCGUAUAUACACUGCAGAAUCAAAACCAAAGAAAGACUUCAUAUCUAGGUGGAAAACUCUGACAAGAAACGAGGAAACUGGUGCCUCUAUUGGUUUGAGCACAUAUGGUCUGUAUGCCUACGACACUGUUUGGUUGCUUGCUCAUGCCAUUGAUACAUUCUUUCAGCGAGGGGGAAACAUUUCUUUUUCUUCUCAUCUAAAAUUAAAGGAAUUGCUUGGAGGCAAUCUACAUUUUAAGGCCAUGAGCAUCUUUAAUGGAGGGAACCUGUUGCUUGACAGCAUUUUACAGGUCAAUAUGACUGGCGUGACAGGACCAUUCAGGUUUACUUCAGAUAGAAACCUUGUCCUCCCUGCAUUUGAAGUUAUUAACGUCAUCGGCUCAGGAUCUAGAAAGGUUGGUUAUUGGUCUAAUAAUUCCGGUUUAUCAGUGCAGCCUCCAAAUACACUCUAUACCAAGCCACCAGAUCAUUCUAGUUCUAAUAAAAAAUUAUAUGCUAUAAUUUGGCCUGGAGAAACAACACUGAUACCUCGUGGGUGGGUGUUUCCAUACAAUGGGAGGCACCUGACAAUUGGGGUCCCAAAUCGAGUUAGUUUUGUCGACUUUGUUGCUCAGAUUCCAGGCACUGACAUGUUCAAAGGUUACUGCAUCGAUGUUUUUACUGCCGCUUUAAGUUUAUUGCCAUAUGCUGUUCCAUACAAAAUGAUCUCCUAUGGAGAUGGUCAUAACAACCCCAGUGGCACUGAGCUUAUCCACUUGAUUACAUCUGGGGCUUUUGAUGCUGCAGUUGGUGACAUUGCAAUAACCACUAAUCGAACAAGGAUGGCAGAUUUUACACAUCCAUUUGUUGAGUCUGGGCUAGUUGUAGUGGCGCCUAUUAAGAAGAUUCAUUCUAAUGGUUGGGCUUUUCUUCAACCGUUCUCUCAUAAGAUGUGGGCUGUCACGGGAAUUUUCUUCCUAUUCAUGGGUGUAGUUGUUUGGAUAUUGGAGCAUAGGACAAAUGACGAUUUUCGUGGUCCUCCUAGAAAACAAUUCAUUACUGUUCUAUGGUUUAGCUUUUCGACUCUCAUUUUUGCCCAAAGAGAAAAUAUUGUCAGCACUCUUGGACGCUUAUUGGUUAUCCUGUGGCUAUUCGCUGUCUUAAUAAUCAACUCCAGUUACACUGCUAGCCUAACAUCAAUCCUUACAGUGCAGCAGCUCUCUUCACCAAUUAAAGGAAUUGGAAGUCUACUAAAUAGCAAAGACCCUAUAGGUUACCAGCAGGGUUCUUUUGCGCGAGAUUAUCUUGUUGAGGAACUUGGCGUUCAAGAGUCUAGACUUGUUCCGCUUAAGUUACCAGAAGAUUAUGUUAAAGCUUUAAAGGACGGUCCUCAAAAUGGUGGUGUAGCCGCUCUGAUUGAUGAGCGUGCAUAUGCAGAAGUCUUUCUUUCAACACAUUGUGAAUUUAGUAUUGUUGGUAAAGAGUUCACAAAAAAUGGAUGGGGAUUUGCAUUUCAACGGGACUCCCGGCUGGCAGUCGACAUGUCAACAGCAAUUCUGAGACUGUCGGAGAAUGGUGAUCUCCAACGAAUCCAUGACAAGUGGCUGUUAGGAAGUGCUUGCAGUUUACAAGGUGCAAAGCUCGAAGUAGACAGGCUUUCGCUCACGAUCUUUGAAGGUCUCUUUCUCAUAUGUGGAUUAGCAUGCCUCUUAGCGCUGGUCAUAUAUUUCAUAAAAAUGAUACGUCUAUUCAUUAGACUUCGCUCUGAGUCCGAGUCCCCUGGCGAAAGCUCAAUAUCACAGCGACUCCAGACAUUCCUUUCAUUUGCCGACGAAAAGGAAGAGGAAGUAAAAGCUUGCUCUAUGCGGAGACAACAAGAGUGGGCUUCUACUAGAAGUCUUGACCAAAAUCCAUCGACAGUUUAUUCUAUGAAGCAUUCAGAAAUAUCUUCAAAUAGAAGCAUUAGCUUCGGAGAACCUAGUUCCCACUAUAACAUGUAA